CAAGGCGCACCCCACCACCAAAGGUCCAAAGCCCCAAGCUGCAAGCAACAGAGCUAGCUAGCUAGAUACCACACCAUAGGCUCUAACUAAGUUGUUUUAGCAAGCUGAUAAUGGCAUCCUCCCUGAGGGCAUUGCUUGUUGAGGACACGGCAGUUCAACGCAUGGUUGUCUCCGCGAUGCUGCGCAAUCAGUUUCACUGCGAGAUGACUCUGGCGAAGAACGGGAAAGAAGCUGUUGACAUGUUCCUCGAGGGCAACACGUUCGACAUAGUUUUUUGUGAUAGGGACAUGCCCAUAAUGACCGGCCCGGAGGCAGUUGUGAAGAUCCGUGCUAUGGGAGCCACUGAUGUGAAGAUCGUCGGGCUGUCUGAUGAUGAUAACGCCAUGGAGGCGUUCAUGAGUGCCGGUGCCGAUGAUUUUGUGCCCAAACCAGUGAGGCCUGAGACUGUCGGGCCUAUGAUUCAGGAGGUCAUCAAUAAGAAGCUAGAACAGUUAGCGACGCUUGCUUGAUCCAGCCAUGGAGGAAUACAAACAGCUAGCUCAUAUGCAUAGCUAGCUUUUGGCAUGCAUUAUAUUUUUUUUUAUUACCGUUAUGAGGUCAUUUUAGUCCUGAGGUCAUGUUAAAGGCUGGCGGUGAUUAGCAAGAAGAAGAAGAAGAAGCAGAGAGGCUACCGACAUAGUUGGGUCACUUGGAUGAUACUAUCGAAAUUGUAAUUUGGAUGAUACUGUACUAGACACCGUGCCAAUGGUUGUAUUCACAUGCAUGUGGAAUGUGGCCACGUGGUUCACAGUACGUACCUGCUGAACUGGCUCGAUGCAUAUA